GUUAUGAAAGUAGCAGUUACCCCGCCAUUUUCUCUCUCUUUUUGUCCUCCAUCAUCAUCAUAAAUUCAUAAUUAUGCCAUAAUCAGCGCUAGAUGAUUCUCAAUUGCAGCAAAAUCUUCUUCUUUUGCUUCCAAAUUUAUACCACCUUUUAUUUUUAUUCCCCUUUUAUAGUUUUAUUCUUUCCUACCAAACUAAUAAUUUACCCUUUAGCCAAACACGUCUUAAGAAACUGAACUCACCCAGUAACGUAUUUUCUCUCUCCUCUAUCACCAUUAAUCUUUGCUCUCUUUCUCUCUCCUCUGCUGUAACACUUGUCUGGUUCUUCUCCAGGUGGAUCAAUUGUCUGCAAGAUGUCCGUUGAGCAUCCCAGGGUUUUAACCCUAGGGUUGGUUGCUCUGCAGAUUAUGGUUCUUGUACUGUUACUGUUCGUAGUGUCAAUCACUGCACAGUCUGCCUCCUCUGAUGCUGCGGCAAUGCAGGAACUGAAACUUAGCCUAAAGCUCCCAUCGAGUAUUGAUUGGUCUAAUGCGAAUCCGUGCAGAUGGGAUAAUGUGGGAUGUGACUCAAACAAUCGGGUCACUCGGAUACAGUUGAGAAGCGAAGGGGUGUCUGGCACUUUGUCCCCAGCUGUAGGCAACCUAACAAAUCUUGAAGUUCUUGAGUUGAUGAACAAUGCAUUAACAGGCCCAUUACCGAGCCUUAAGGGGUUAAGCUCACUCCAGAGGCUAUUUCUCCAUAACAACCAAUUUAGUUCUGUCCCUGAGAAUUUAUUUGACGGGUUGACCUCUCUCCAGGAAGUUUAUCUGGACAAUAACCCGUUUAGAACUUGGUCUAUACCUGAGGGGCUCAAGGCUGCUUCUUCUCUGAAAAAUUUCUCUGCUAAUUCGGCCAAUGUGGGUGGCAAGAUACCUGAUAUUUUCAGUUCUGAUAAUUUCCCAGGUAUGAUUCAUCUGCGUUUGUCUAGCAAUAACCUGACUGGUGGUUUGCCCUCAAGCUUUUCGGGUCUCGGACUUCAGUCCCUGUGGUUAAAUGGGCAACUUGAUUCAAGUGGUGGUCGAAGUCUUAAUGGGACGAUCGAGGUUUUACAGAAUAUGACCCAAUUGGUACAAAUAUGGCUGAAUAUGAAUGCUUUCACUGGUCCUAUACCAGAUUUGUCUGGAUUGACCGAUUUGGCAGAUCUGAAUUUGAGGGACAAUAGCCUCACUGGCCCCGUCCCUGUUUCUCUCACCAAGCUACCUUUGCUUAAGACUGUUAAUUUGACAAAUAAUGCUCUUCAGGGACCGACCCCCGAGUUUCCCGAUUCAGUAGCUGCUGAUAUGUUACCUGAACAGAAUAGCUUCUGUUUGCCUGAUCCCGGUGUGGGCUGUGAUAGCCGUGUUAAUGCUCUGAUAUCAGUUAUGGAGUCAUUUGGGUACCCUUUGCAAAUUGCCCAACAGUGGAAAGGCAAUGAUCCGUGCGCAAAUUGGUUAGGGAUAACUUGCUCUAACAAAAACAUUACGAUCAUAAAUUUACAAAGUAGGGGUCUUACGGGUACUCUUUCGCCUAAGUUUGCUUCUCUUACAUCAGUUCAGACAUUGAUACUUGCCCAUAAUAAUAUCACAGGGACCAUACCUGAUGCACUCACAAGAAUGCCUAACCUCAGGACACUUGAUGUGUCUUUUAAUAAUCUAUAUGGUAAGAUCCCAGCUUUUUCUCAUGCUGCUGUUAAUUCUCAUGGAAAUGUUAAUAUUGGCAAAGAUCGCCCUAACACACCAAGUGGAGAAGAUAGUGGAACUGGAGCAACUGGUGGCAGAGGUUCGAAAAUCGGAGUGGUUGUUGGAUCAGUAAUUGGCAGUGUCUUUGUUAUUUCUGCUGCUGGUUUGUUUGUAUUUUGUUUCUUGAGAAGGAAGAAGCUUUAUGGGAGGGUACAACAGUCAAAUACGGUGGUAGUCCAUCCUAAUCACUCCGGGUCUGAUGAUGCCGUCAAAAUAACAAUCACUGGUUCAGGAGUGAAUGGCAAGGCGAUGAGUGAAGACCAAAGUCAGGGGAGUAGUAGUGGCCCCAGUGAUGUCCAUGUAAUUGAGACUAAUAACAUGAUCAUUUCUAUUCAAGUGUUAAGGAACGUUACCAACAACUUCAGCGAUGAAAAUAUUUUAGGAAGAGGGGGUUUUGGGACAGUCUAUAAAGGGGAGUUACCUGAUGGAACCAAGAUUGCAGUCAAAAGGAUGAAUUCUGGAAUAUUAGGAGAUAAAGGUUUGGCAGAAUUUAAGUCUGAGAUUGCUGUUCUUACUAAGGUUCGCCAUCGACAUUUGGUUGCACUUCUGGGAUUCUGUUUGGAUGGAAACGAGAAACUUCUUGUAUAUGAGUACUUGCCACAAGGUGCUUUAAGUAGGUAUAUAUUUGAUUGGCAAGAAGAGAAAUUGAAACCACUUAAAUGGAAUCAAAGGUUAACAAUUGCAUUAGAUGUGGCGAGAGGAGUGGAAUAUUUACACAGUUUGGCACAUCAAAGUUUCAUUCAUAGGGAUCUUAAACCUUCUAAUAUUCUUCUGGGAGAUGAUAUGCGUGCAAAAGUUGCAGAUUUUGGACUUGUUCGUCUUGCACCUGAUGGUGGAAAAACGUCAAUAGAAACCAGGCUAGCAGGAACUUUUGGUUAUUUGGCACCUGAAUAUGCAGUGAUGGGUCGCAUAACUACAAAAGUCGAUGUAUUCAGUUUUGGAGUGAUAUUAAUGGAAAUGAUCACGGGAAGGAGGGCCCUCGACGAGACCCAACCAGAGGACAGUGUUCACCUGGUGACAUGGUUCCGGAGGAUGUAUAUUAAUGACUCAUUCCAAAAAGCAAUUGACCCCACCAUUGAUCUCGAAGAGGAGAGUACUCUUGCUAGUGUCAACACAGUUGCUGAGCUAGCUGGCCACUGUUGUGCUCGGGAGCCAAACCAGAGGCCCGAAAUGGGUCAUGUAGUGAAUGCUCUUUCUUCUCUCCUUGAUGUAUGGAAGCCUUCAGUAGAAAACUCUGAGGACAUUUAUGGAAUUGAUCUUGACAUGACCUUACCACAAGCCCUCAAGAAGUGGCAGGCUUUCGGAGAUAGCAGUAUCGAUGAUUCUUCUUCGUCGUCCUUCCUUGCAAGUAGAGACAACACGCAGACAAGCAUACCUACUCGGCCCUCUGGGUUUGCUGAAUCAUUUACCUCGACAGAUGGAAGGUGAGGUGAAAGAACAGGUGUCUAUGUCCUGCUUUGAUUCCUGUUUUGUAAACACUCUUCUUUGAUACGUGGUCUGUUAGCGAGGGGGGGGGGGGGGCACUGGAUGGUACUUGAAGAUCAUGAUUAAUGGGAUUGUUCGUCUAUUGAAACAAGAUAGUUUGGGGGAAGUAAUCUGAGCACUUGACGUAUGUAGAAAACUUCUUUGUGAGAGCAUUGCUUUGAACGAGCAGUACUAAACUCAGUUCCCCAUAUUUGGAGUGAACUCGGCAUGUAUAGAAUGAAUGAAUAUUGGUUUGUAUUUGCAUAGCA